CAACGGGCGCGGGGCGGGGCGGCGGAAGAUGGCGGUGUUGGCGCCGCUGCUGGCGCUGCUGUACUCGGUGCCGGGGCUGGUCCGGUGGCUGGCGCGGCCCUACUACCCGCUCUCCGCACUGCUGGCCACCGCCUUUCUUCUCGUCCGCAAGGUCCCGCCGCUGUGCCACGGGCUGCCUUCGCAACGGGAGGAUGGCAACCCCUGUGACUUUGACUGGCGGGAGGUGGAGAUCCUCAUGUUCCUCAGCGCCAUCGUGAUGAUGAAGAACAGACGCUCCAUCACUGUGGAGCAGCACAUUGGGAACAUCUUCAUGUUCAGCAAAGUGGCCAAUGCCAUCCUCUUCUUCCGCCUCGACAUCCGCAUGGGCCUGCUGUACCUCACACUCUGCAUUGUGUUCCUGAUGACCUGCAAGCCACCCCUCUACAUGGGCCCUGAGUACAUCAAGUAUUUCAGCGACAAAACUAUAGAUGAGGAACUGGAACGGGACAAGCGGGUGACCUGGAUCGUCGAGUUCUUUGCCAACUGGUCCAAUGAGUGCCAGUCCUUCGCCCCCAUCUUCGCUGACCUCUCGCUCAAGUACAACUGCGUGGGGCUGCACUUUGGGAAGGUGGACGUUGGCCGGUACACAGACGUCAGCACCAGGUACAAGGUCAGCACCUCACCUCUCACCAAACAGCUGCCCACCCUCAUCCUCUUCCAAGGCGGGACAGAGACUAUGCGCCGGCCACAGAUCGACAAGAAGGGCCGGGCUGUCUCCUGGACCUUCUCCGAGGAGAACGUGAUCCGGGAAUUCAACCUCAACGAGCUUUACCAGAAGGCCAAGAAGCAGUCCAAGUCACGGGAGGAGGGUCCCGAGGAGCCUCCCGGCGUGCAGGCGCCCACCGGGGAGACCAAGAAGGACAAAUAGACGCUGCUCAGAGCCACCGCCCGCGCCCCCGGUGUCUCGGGGCCGGGCCGUGGGGCCGCCACCCCUCCUCUCCAUGCCCCUCCGUUAUCGGUUCCCGCUCGGCGGCAAUAAACCCGCGCGCCC